CAAUCAAGCCGAUUCUAAUUUUCUCGCGAUCCGAGUUCCUUCUCGAUCCCCUUUUUGUGUUUUUUUCUUCCAUUUUUUUUGUUCGUGAUUCGAGAGAUUGAUAAAUAUUCCGAUUUUUAGAGGGAUAUUUGUAUCCUUGAAUCGAGGCGAGAAGAUGCCCUACUGCGAUUCUGAGAAGAGUGUGCGGAUCUUUUACAGGAGGUAUGGCCAUGGCAGCACCAAGGUCCUCCUAAUCAUCGGAUUGGCAGGGACGCACGAAUCGUGGGGACCUCAGAUUAAGGGGUUGACGGGUGCGACGGAGGCCAACGAUGACGAGGCGGCGGAGGCGGCGGAGACGGCGGCGAGGACGCCGUCCGGCAAUGGAAGUGAAGGCGGCGAAGCCGAUGAGGAAGCGCAGGAUGGGAUCGAGGUUUGCUGCUUCGAUAACCGCGGGAUGGGCCGUAGCUCUGUGCCUUCCAACAAAUCUGAUUACACGUAGAACGACCCUCAUGGCAAAGGAUGCUCUUGCUCUGUUGGAUCAUAUAGGCUGGAAAAAAGCUCAUGUCUUUGGUCAUUCCAUGGGAGGAAUGAUCGCUUGCAAAUUGACAACCAUUGCGCCAGAUAGGAUAAGCUCCUUGGCCUUGCUCAAUGUAACAGGUGGUGGAUUUGAGUGCUUCCCGAGGAUUGAUCGUCAAAUGCUAUCCCUUGCAUUUCGUUUCCUAAGAGCAAGAACUCCAGAGCAAAGAUCUGUUGUUGACUUGGAAACUCAUUACACAAAGGAAUAUCUUGAUGAGCAAUGUGGAUCAUGUAGAAGAAGGGAUAUACUUUAUCAGGAAUAUGUGAAGAAUAUAUCAUCGACCGGAAUGCAAUCGAGCAUUGGCUUUGAAGGCCAAGUUAAUGCUUGUUGGAAUCAUAAGAUGACAUCAAAAGAGCUGGAGAGAAUUCAAUCAUCUGGAUUUCUGAUUUCAAUUAUCCAUGGAAGGCAUGAUGUCAUUGCUCAAGUAGACCAUGCAAGGAACCUUGCGGAGAAGCUCCGACCUGUUGCCAGAAUGGUUGAACUUCAUGGUGCCCAUCUUGUGAGCCAUGAAAGGCCAGAUGAGGUUAAUCAAGCUCUGCGGGAACUAAUAACUGCAUCGAUAUUCAAGCUUAAGCCUGAAGAGUGGUCUUGCUGGUCCAAGGGGCAGACUGGUGAUGCAGGAUCAUCUCCAACUGAAACACAAUCAUCGACGAGCAAUAACAACUGGAUGACUAGUAACGUGUUAACAGCGUACAAUUUCCUAGGAAAGAUACAACUAAGUUUUCUUUAUUUCCUCGGUGUCUUCGUGAUGGCCUACGAACACAUGAGGGGCAUUCUCAAAAUCAGAAAACCAGCUAGGGUUGCAACCUCCGACUCAUAAGCAAUUCCAAACCACCGAAACUGAGAAGAUUCAGUUUUCAGGAGACGAUACUAUAUAUCCAUCAAGUAGCAUUCUAAGUGCUAACACCAUAUGGUCAUUGUGCCCCCAUCAGUGGCAGCGGCUAAACUGUAUUGCAAAAAGAGAAUUGUUCUUGUGCCAUUCCUUCCUUCUGUUUUCUCCCUUGUUGGAUAAUGACAUUGUUGAGUUGCAUAUUUGUGUAGAUUAAGGAUAAAAUGAAAUGUGUAUUUGAACGGCCAGUUGGUUGUUGAUUGA